AUGCUCAAUUUCGUUUACCUGCAGAGCAAGAAUGCCGACAAUAAGGUAUUCGCCGUCGUUCGCACCCCGGAGUCUGCGGCCCAACUGCAUUCGCUCGCAUCGACGCGAUCGAACGUGUUCACGGUCAAGGGCGACUUCGACAGCGUGGAUUCUCUCAAGGCGAGCAUGCUAGCAGUGACCAACGCAUUCGUCGUCGGAAAGCUUGAUGUCCUCAUACCCAACGGUGCCCUCAUGAUUUCCCAACACUUCGGUGUGACCCUGGACAACCCCGACCCCCAAAGCCUCGAAGAGGAACUCGUGGCCGGCGUACGCCCCCUCUCCGCUCGCCGAGUCGUCGACCAUCCGACGAAGCAGAUCCUAGCGAUCUCCUCAGCCCUCGCCGACAUCGACUUCGUGCGCGAGAUCGAGCUGGGCAUGGAUAUCGCGUACGCCGCGUCCAAGGCGGCGCUGAACAUGGUCGCCACCCAGUUCGCCGUCGUGCUCAAGCCCGAAGGCUUCACCGUGCUCUCGAUCAGCCCCGGGUACGUGAACACCUUCACCGAGGACCCCAGUACGUGCCGCUUCGCUCUGUUCGACGGGAGACGGGGGGCUGAUUCAGUACGGCAGGUGGCAGCCACGUUCAAAAGGGUUGCGCCGGACUUCGACGAGAACCCGCGGACGCCAGCAGAUGCCGUGUCGAUGGUGCUGGACGUGCUGAACCGAAGCGGGCCAGAGCAGAGCGGCUCUUUCGUGUCGCAGUACGGCAACAAGGAAUGGAUCUGA